AUGUCCGAAAUCAACUUCGAAGCUGGAAUUCUCGUAGCGAACUACAGCUACAGCCCGACAUACAAGGCCAAGGAGUUGAAAUCGCUGGCGGCCGCUCUGUUACCCUCGUUGAAGCACUGGUCCGAUAUAGCUUUCCACCAAUGGGUCCAUUCUCAACUCGACCAGGAAGAAGUACGUGAUCUCAAGUUCAUCAUGAGAGAAAACAUCUCGAACGAAGAUACUUUAGCUAUCAUUAGUAAUAUUCUCGACGCACCACCUCGCCAGUCACAGGCUUGUACGCGGUCGGGACUAUACCUAGACAUGACCAGUGACCAUGCUAUCGCUCUGCUGGGCACAGCCCACGGUGCAGGUGUAGCUUGGUUACUUGCUCAGCAUCGAGACCAACUUGGCCGUAAGGUAAUUGCUGGGAUAAGGAUAUUCUACAGCGGCGAGCCGCCAGACCCCAACAGAGCCCCCAACUUGCUCUUCUACCUUCGUGACGCGAGUGCGAAUGAGAGACCCAUCGAGAAGUUGUGA